AUGACUUCUCCUACUCCUCUCGCUCGCAAUGAGUCUCAAGCCUCCAGCCGUCGAAGCACUAGUCUCGGCUCUCGCUUGUUUCGAUCAAAGAGCGGCGAAGCUUUGGGUGAACGCAAGACCUCGGCAAGUCGUCUGAAAAAGAAGCACCAAGAGAUGGACGAAGCGGUCAAGGUCACACAAUCACCUCCUCGCCUGCCAAACUACAAUCCGCAUCCGUUGGGCAUCCAAUCCUUUGGUGGUGAGAACUACAAUCCUCAGGCCGCCUCCAGAGUGCAUGCAAAUGGCGCGAAAAACACCCCUCCCGUACCCCCUCUGCCCGGCAACAUUGAAAAGGAGGCUGUUGAUCCAUAUGCGAGGACUGAGAGCAUGACCCACCGUGGCCGAUAUUCCUAUGCGAACUCGACUGUGUCUACCAUCAACUCACCUCGGAGAGUUCGACGUCGCAAGGAUCCCACCCCCUAUAACGUUCUCAUCAUCGGCGCCCGAAAUGUCGGCAAGACCUCUUUUCUUAAUUUCCUCAAGAGCUCCCUUGCUUUGCCAGCAAAGAAACAACCGACUCGAGCUCCAGAUGACGACACACCUCCCUCGUCUGCGAAAGCAAACCCUAACUUCGUCCACCACUACCAGGAGAUCGAGGUCGACGGUGAGCGAAUUGGGUUGACCCUUUGGGAUUCUCAAGGAUUGGACAAGGGCGUUGUUGACCUUCAACUGAGAGAUAUGAGCAACUUCGUGGAAAGCAAAUUUGACGACACAUUUCUUGAAGAGAUGAAGGUUGUUCGUGCCCCAGGCGUCAGAGAUACGCACAUUCACUGUGUCUUCUUCGUUCUCGACCCGGCCCGGCUGGACGCCAACAUCAACGCUGCUCAAGGUGUCAGCAACGGGGUUGAAGCCACGCGGGUCGGCAAGCCGUCUCGGCUUGUCGGCGCCCUCGACGAGGACUUUGACAUUCAAGUCAUAAGGACUUUGGCCAGCAAAACCACUGUCAUACCCGUCAUCAGCAAGGCAGAUACCAUCACGACUGCGCACAUGGCGUUUCUGAAACAAAAGGUCAGUCGAAGUCUAAAAAAGGCCGGCCUUGAUCCACUGGAAGCGUUGAGUUUUGAUGCCGAGGACGAGGAUGACGAACGUCUGGAUGAGCGCGAUGAAGAUGAAAACAGCAGUGCUGCAGAUUCAGAAGACCAGACUUCAACCCGGAGUGACGGCUCUGAUGCGGAUCGAGACCCUUCGACUGUCAAGCGGCCAGGCAACCACAAGCGCCAAGUUUCCGCCGAGGACGCCGUUCCUGACGGUGGCUAUGUUCCAUGGUCCAUCCUCAGCCCGGACAAAUACUCCCUUGAAGCAAAGGACGGUCCGGUCGGUCGACAUUUCCCGUGGGGAUUUGCCGACCCGUACAAUCCGGAUCAUUGUGACUUUGUCAAGUUGAAGGACGCUGUAUUUGGAGAAUGGCGAUCCGAGUUGCGAGAAGCCAGUCGGGAAGUGUUCUACGAACGCUGGAGGACGAACCGUCUCAAUCGCCGAACACUCCCGGCCAAUGCGACAAAUGGCCUACCGUCAGGACCUCGACAAAGCACUGGCGGGAUCCCGAUUCCCCUCCAACCUCGGGUGCGAUAA